GUUCCCAGCCUGCCACCCAAGCUCCGAGGCUGAUGCAAGCUCCCAGGCUGAUGCAGGUUCCGAGGCUGAUGCAGACUCCCAGGCUGAUGCAGACUCCCAGGCUGAUGCAGACUCCCAGACUGAUGCAGACUCCCAGACUGAUGCAGACUCCCAGGCUGAUGCAGACUCCCAGGCUGAUGCAGACUCCCAGGCUGAUGCAGACUUCAAGGCUGAUGCAGACUCCCAGACUGAUGCAGACUCCCAGGCUGAUGCAGACUCCCAGACUGAUGCAGACUCCCAGGCUGAUGCAGACUCCCAGACUGAUGCAGGCUCCCAGGCUGAUGCAGGCUCCCAGGGUGGGGAGGGGGGGGUAGUGGAGGUCAUAGCUAGCCAGACCCUAGGAGGUGGUGGGGGUGGGGAGGGGGUAGUGGAGGUCAUAGCUAGCCAGACCCUAGGAGGUGGUGGCGGUGGGGAGGGGGUAGUGGAGGUCAUAGCUAGCCAGACCCUAGGAGGUGGUGGGGGUGGGGAGGGGGUAGUGGAGGUCAUAGCUAGCCAGACCCUAGGAGGUGGUGGCGGUGGGGAGGGGGUAGUGGAGGUCAUAGCUAGCCAGACCCUAGGAGGUGGUGGGGGUGGGGAGGGGGUAGUGGAGGUCAUAGCUAGCCAGACCCUAGGAGGUGGUGGCGGUGGGGAGGGGGUAGUGGAGGUCAUAGCUAGCCAGACCCUAGGAGGGGGUGGGGGUGGGGAGGGCGUAGUGGAGGUCAUAGCUAGCCAGACCCUAGGAGGUGGUGGGGGUGGGGAUGGGGUAGUGGAGGUCAUAGCUAGCCAGACCCUAGGAGGUGGUGGGGGUGGGGAGGGAGUAGUGGAGGUCAUAGCUAGCCAGACCCUAGGAGGUGGUGGGGGUGGGGAUGGGGUAGUGGAGGUCAUAGCUAGCCAGACCCUAGGAGGUGGUGGGGGUGGGGAGGGGGUAGUGGAGGUCAUAGCUAGCCAGACCCUAGGAGGUGGUGGGGGUGGGGAGGGGGUAGUGGAGGUCAUAGCUAGCCAGACCCUAGGAGGUGGUGGGGGUGGGGAGGGGGUAGUGGAGGUCAUAGCUAGCCAGACCCUAGGAGGUGGUGGGGGUGGGGAGGGGGUAGUGGAGGUCAUAGCUAGCCAGACCCUAGGAGGUGGUGGGGGUGGGGAGGGGGUAGUGGAGGUCAUAGCUAGCCAGACCCUAGGAGGUGGUGGGGGUUGGGGGUGGAGGGAAUGGGAGAUAGUCACUGGGGGUUGA